AUGGGCACCCGGCAGACCAAGGGCAGCCUGGCGGAGAGAGCCAGCCCCGGCGCGGCGCCCGGCCCCCGCCGCGAGCGGCCCGACUUCUGGGCGUCGCUGCUGUUGCGCGCCGGGGACAAGGCGGGGCGCGCGGGCGCCGGUUCGGGGCUGCCCCCCUACCACCGGCGCGUCGGCAUGGUCCAGGAGCUGCUGCGGAUGGUUCGCCAGGGCCGGCGGGAGGAGGCGGGGACGCUGCUGCAGCACCUGCGCCAGGACCUAGGCAUGGAGUCGACCUCGCUGGACGACGUCCUGUACCGCUACGCCAGCUUCAGGAACCUGGUGGACCCCAUCACACACGACCUCAUCAUCAGCCUGGCACGCUACAUCCACUGUCCCAAGCCGCCUCAAGGCAGUCUUGGCCGGGAGCCCUCCGGACAACACAGUGGACCUGUCUGGCAUCCCGCUGACCCCCCGUGACCUGGAGCGGGUGACCGGCUACCUGCAGCGCUGCGGGGAGCAGGUGGAUAGUGUGGAGCUGGGCUUCACGGGCCUCACGGACGACAUGGUCCUGCAGCUGCUGCCGGCACUCAGCACGCUGCCCCGGCUGACCACGCUGGCCCUCAACGGCAACCGGCUGACACGGGCCCUGCUGCGCGACCUCACUGA